CAGUUUGGAGUGCGAUUGUCAAAAUGGGGAGUCGUGGUUAAAAUGUAGGUCUGCGAAAUUUAGCAAUUUCGCUGGUGAAUGACGUGUUAACAGGCAAAAGUACUGCAAAAUCUAACACCUGAGUGUCCAAUGUGCUAUUAGUGUGCUAAAUAAGUGGGCAAAAGGGCUGGGAAAGUGCUGAAAAAAGACAAAAUCCCUCGGACUGUUUCGCAGUGUAGACUUUUUUUUUCUUCUCUUUAGAUGAAAAGAGAAAUUUCCAAAAUGGCGGUGGUUCGCAAGAAGACCGAUGACAAAAAUUUGAAGAUUUUGAGGGAAAUUGUGUCACUUGGUGGAAAUCGACAGUGCUUCGAUUGUGGCCAAAGGGGCCCCACAUACAUCAACAUGACCAUUGGAUCAUUUGUAUGCACCAAAUGCUCGGGAAUGCUACGAGGAAUAACUCCACCACAUCGUGUCAAGUCUAUCUCAAUGGCCACAUUUACUCCGGAUGAAAUUGAAUUUAUCCGGAGUCAUGGAAAUGAUGAAUGCGCCAAAACUUGGCUGGGUCUGUGGGAUCCUAAGAGGACUCGACCGCUCGAUCAACGUGAAUUGAUGAUUGAUAAAUAUGAGCGAAAGAGAUACUACUUGGAGCCGGCGAGUCCGCUUAAAUCACUGGCAUCAUCGCAACAGCUGACCACAUGUGCAACUUCCUCGUCAAGUGGUACAUCGUCAUCGACGACAACAACAACGAAUGUGACGCUGGACAAUACAGCCGUCUUGAAAUCAAUCACACUGACGCCCCCGCAAUCGCUACGUUUGCACAAUAAGAAUGCGCGUUCGACGACCAAAGGCCCAGUGAAUUUUCAGCAUCAGUUCACGCCAGAUAGUGAGACGGGUUUAUUUAACUUGGGCAAUAGUCAAACUAGGUUAAAUAAUAAUAACAAUAGUAGCAACGGCGGUGGACAUCAGAAUGGCAUCACGAGCAAUCUCAGUGGUAUAGUGGCAAAUAAUAAUAAUAAAUUUACGCCGGACGCAGAUUUUGUGGCUGAUUUUGGAUCAGCUAAUAUUUUCAAUGCAACACAAUCAUCAACAACAAUGGUGAAUAAUACAGCUAAUGGUACGAGCAAAAUUGUCAAUGGCAAUGUGUCAUCUGGCCAGCAGCAGCAGAUCAAUGGAAAUGGUGGAACAAAUGAAAAUUUUGCUGAUUUCGAACACAAUCCCAUUUACAAUUCUGCAGCCUACCAAACACCACCUCCAAGUACCCAGUGGAGCUUCUGGCAGCAGUUCCAAUGGCCUUUACAGCCUCCGGAACAGAAUCGAUGGAGUCUUCCAAUGUCUCUGAGCUCGAGCAAUAGUUUGAAUUCAUCGAGUGGAGGAUUUGCGUCCAAUUCAUCGCUCAAUUCGACCCCGUCCGCUGAUCGCUAUGCCGCCCUCAAGGAUCUCGAUGAGCAAUUGCGCGAGACGAAGGAGCGCGAAGCACCAUCAUCGAAUUUCCAAAUGGGCUCCAGUCCCAAUCCCUUCAAGAAUCCCUUCCAAAGUGGAAAUGGGGUUCAGUGGACAACCAGUGAGAGUGUCUUCAGUCCAGCGCCUCAGUUUGCCACAAAUGGUUUCACCAAUGGCUACGCAAAGAUCCCCGAGGCGACCCCACAGCCACAGCAGUUCAACAAUGGCUCGGCAAAUUUCUCAUUCAACCCUUUUGCUACCACUUCCACCCAUUCAACUAAUCCAUUUUUAUGAACUCUGAAGCCAUCGGGAAGUGCCCUCAGUAACAACAACAACAACAACAAAAGGAACAACAACAAUGGACAAUUUUCACAAAAGUCUACUUUCGACAAUUCUCUCUUUUUUUUGUUUUUUUAUUAUUAUCAAUUAAAAAUGAUAAAAUUAGGUAUUCAUUUGAUAUGAAAAGGAUGGAUUUAGAACUGGGAUACACCAAAAAAAAAGCUCAAGUUCAUUUAUCUUGCACGUCACAUUUUAAAUAUUUGAAAAAAAUAAAACAAAGGAAAAAAUGAGAGAAAUUUUAACGCAAGAGUUUCGCAUGAAAAAUAUUCAAUGAAUGUUUGGUGAUGAAAUAGAAAGAUUUUCCUGGAAGGGAAAAUAUUAAGGGAGAAAGCAUGAAGAUGUAUUUUUAUUGGGAAGAAAACCGUCGAGUUUAUGCUCAAUUUUUUAGAUGAAGAUGAUAGAUUUUCAAAACUAAUCGCUCUUCGUAAAUUCGACAUUAAUUCCGUGACAUUGAAUUUUCAUAAUUCUUUUUUUUUUAGAAGAAAAUAAUCGAUAGAAAUGUCCACAGAAAUAUUUUACAAAAUAUUAGAUCGAUGAGAAAAAAAAGUGAUUAAAUAUACAAAAGAAAUAUUAAAUGAAAUUAUUAUUGCUUGUGGCCUUAAUAAAAAAAAAAGAAGAAAAUCACGUAGGAAAGAGAAAGAAAGGAGGAUUUAAAAAGUGAUGCAAAGGUGUGCUCUAAAAGGUUUAGAAGAGAAAUAUUGAUUAAAUUUAUUCAAUUUCCGUCUUAGGAAUUUUAUUAAAAUAAAUCAAAAAGGAAAUCACAUUUAAAAAUAGAAUGACAAAGAAAUUGAUAAAACAAUGUCCAGAUGAAAAUGUAGGCUAUUUUAUUUAUAUUUGUACAUUAUACAAUUUUAGCAUGUGACAAAAAAAAUAUAAUGAAAAAUUAUAUAAGAAUUAAAUAAAAGUGGAAUAAAGUCAAUGACUUUCGUACCAGUUAAAAAAAUUAAUAAAAAAAAAACAAGGAAAAUUAUUUGUGAGAACAAGAAA